AUGGAUUGUCUUUGUGCAAUUGGUAACGGGGUUGUUGGAAAAAUAGCCGAGUACACGGUUGAACCCUUUGGACGCCUAGUGAGACGCCAAGUGGGUUAUCUAAUCCACUACAACAAGAAUCUUCAAACUCUAAUGACCCAAGUGAAGAUUUUGAGCGUCGCCAGAGAUAGAGUACAGCAACAGGUUGAUGGAGCUGAUAGAAGAGGUGAGAAAAUCCAUAAUGAUGUCCAAAAAUGGCUCGAAGAAGUGGGUCAGAUCAUAAAAGACACAGAAGAAUUCUUGAAGGAAAAAUGCCAAGCAAAUGAAGAGCCAAGCGAAGUCUUGAAGGAUGAACAUCAAGCAAAGAUGAAGCGUCCCCAUCAACUUUGUCCUAACCCGAGACUUCGUUAUCAACUAAGCAAGAAGUCAACAAAGUUGGUGGAGGCUGUGGAUGAACUCUAUAAAAGAAAAGACUUCUCUAUUGUUUCACACAGUGUUCGCCCACAAGAGGUAUGUGUCAUACCUACUGAAGAUUAUGAGCCAUUUGAUUCAAGAAUUUCAACUUUGAGUAAAAUCAUGGAUGAAUUGAGAAGUCCCAGUGCCGACAUCAUUCUAGUGUAUGGUAUUGGGGGUGUCGGUAAAACCACACUAGUGGAAGAAGUUUUCAGGCAAGUUACGAAAGAUAAGUUGUUUGAUGAUGCAGUCAUGGUACGAGAUGUGAAAAAUCCAAACUUGGAAGCAAUUCAAGAAGAAAUUGCUGAAAAGUUAAGUCUUGAAGCUUUGUCAAACCAGACUAUCUCCGUCAGAGCCAAUAAAAUAUGUGAAAGAAUAAAAAACAAGAAGACUCUUGUGAUUUUGGAUGAUGUCUGGGAACAAAUUAACUUGAAAACUCUCGGGCUUCCCCACAUACCUACUUGUAAAAUACUGCUGACCUCUAGAACUGGAAAGGUAUUAACUGCUGACUACAUUAAGCAGAGGGAGUUUCUGCUCGGCAUUUUAGGCCAAGAUGAAACUUGGCUUUUAUUUGAGAAGACAGCAGGGGAUGUUACUAAAGAUUCUGCUAUAAAAACCUUAGCAACUCAAGUAGCCCAAAGAUGUGGAGGUUUGCCUCUUUUGAUUAUCGCAGUAGCAAGAGCUUUAGAACAUAGUUCUUUACCUAUAUGGGAAUAUGCCCUGACAAGUCUUCACAGGUUUGAUGAGAAAGAAGACUUCACGGAACAAGCUUACUUGGGUCUUGAAUGGAGUUACACUCGAUUGAAUGAGCAGCUUAAGCCAUUGUUCUUGUUGUGUGGUACUACUAUACAGGGGAACUCUAUUUCUUUGACGAACUUAUUGAAAUAUAGUAUGGGCUUGGGUUUUUUUAAAGGUCUUUCAGUUGAAAAAGCUCGAAAUGCAUUGUACACACAAGUUGAUAAACUUAAGAGUUCUUGUCUAUUGCUAGACGGAGAUGAUAAUACAUGUGUCAGAAUGCAUGAUCUUUUACAUGAUGUUGCUAUCCGGAUUGCGACUAGAGAUCAAGACGUCCUAGUACAAAAUGGAGUUCAUCAGUUGGAAGAAUGGCCAGAUCAAGAAUAUUUUAAAAGGUGCAGUAAGAUCUUCUGGUCCUGUUGCAUUAUCCCCAGUCUUCCUGACGUACCAUGGAAAUGUCCUGAGCUAGAAAUGUUCAGUUUGCAUGGUAAUAGUGAAAAAAGUGAUCAACAUUCGAAAAUUCCAAGCAAUUUUUUUGAAGAAAUGCCAAAACUCAAGGUGUUGGAUAUUUGCAAUCUGCCUCUCAUGUCACUACCUCCAUCUCUUGAAUUGCUAAAAACCAAUCUUCAAACAUUGUGUUUAGAUGGAUGCACGUUGGAACACAUAGCUCGAGUUGGAGAGCUAAGCAACUUGGAAACUCUUAGCUUAGCUAACUCCAAGUUCAAAGAGUUGCCGAAAGAAAUAGUGAAAUUGACUCAUCUGCGGUUGUUGGACUUGUCGGAUAGCCCUGAGCUUGAAGUGAUUUCACCUAAUGUCAUAUCAAGUUUGACAAGGCUCGAAGACUUGAGAAUGAAAAACAGUUUUGAAAAAUGGGAGGCUGAGGGAGACAUCAACGAAAGAAAGAAUGCUAGUCUUCUGGAGCUGAAGCAGUUAUCUCGACUAACUGCAUUAGAAAUAUAUAUUCCAGAUGUUGAUAUUCUUCCACCAAACUUGUUCUCCAAUAUGCUGAAAAGAUAUCAUAUAUAUAUUGGUGGUGUGUGGGAAAGCAGGUAUACGUGGAAGAAAACUAUGGCUGAAACGACCCUCAAUACACUAAAGCUCGAGCUCACUCCCAGCAAUCAAUCGGAUCAAGGGCUAAGAAGGCUGAUGAUGAGAUCUGAAGAUUUGGCCUUGGAUGUGAUGGAAGGUGUUAAUAAUAGUUUGUAUCAAUUAGACAACGAAGGUUCUCUGCACCUGAAACGUCUCCAACUCCAAAAGAAUGUUGAUCUUACAUAUAUCAUUAACAAGAAGCUCAAACAUCUUGAGAUAUGCAACUGCAAAAGCAUGGAAGAGGUAGUAUCAUCAACAACAGAUUACAAUGAAGAAAAUAUGAAUAACAUGUUCUGUAAGCUUGAAACUCUGGAACUGGAACAUCUUCCAUGCCUCGAUAGAAUCUGCACAGGUACUCGUAUUGAAUUUCCGUCCUUGAAGAAGUUGGUUAUAGAGUAUUGUAGAAAAUUGAAGGCACUCAUCUGUGACCCUAUGAGUGAUAAAAGUACAAGAAUCUGCAAAGAAAUUGAAGAGAGGGAGUCAGAGGAGAGCCCAAGUGUUGAACAUGAGAGUGUUGCAGAACGCUGCCUUUUUAACGACAAGGUAAGAUUUCCCAGCUUGGAGGAAUUGAAAAUCGAGUGGUUAGAGGAGUUGCAGACAAUAUGGCACAAUAACCAACUUGCUGAUCAAGACUCUUUUUGCCGACUCAAACAAGUUUACGUUAGUUAUUGCAAGAGUCUGAUAAGUAUAUUUCCGCCUACUAUCAUGGGGAGAUUGAAUGCUCUGGAAAGACUAGUCAUAGAUACUUGCAACUCGCUAAAAGUGGUAUUUGAAGUCGGAGGAAUUAAUGUUGAAGAGACACGUGUCAACAGAUCAACCCCUUAUGAUCAGUGGAAACCUUUGUACUGUCAAAAUCUUGAAUUCUUGAGGAUAUGGGAUGCUGACAGUUUGAAAAAUAUAUUCCCAGCCUCUUUGGCCAGAGGACUUCAGCAGCUACGAGUUCUGUGGGUGUCGUAUUGUCGUGAUCUGCUGGAAAUAGUUGGUGAGGAAGAGGGAGGAGUAGAAUUACCAACGCCUCCUCAGUUUGUGUUCCCAAAGGCAACACGUGUGGCAUUGGAAACUCUGCCCAAACUUAAGAGUUUUUAUCCGGGAAAGCAUACUUCCACGUGGCCAUUACUCAAAGAAUUGAAAGUACAAUUACAAAGCGGAAUUAAUGAGGUAGAAAUUUCAAUCUUUCAGGAUAAACAUGAGUCGGGCCCAGUAAAGUCUGUCUUUCCAAUUGACAAGGAUUCAUUCCCCAACUUGGAAGAAUUGUCCGUGUACAACAUGGAUAUUUGGUACGGUACAUCCCCAGUACCAACAGAGUCGUUCAGCAACCUAAAAUAUAUUACAUUUCAUGGUUGUGCACCUUUCUCCCAGCAAGCUACAUCACUCUUCCUUCAGCAAUUACACAAUAUUGAAAGAAUUGAAGUGUAUUAUGCUCCUCCCGAAGAAAUAUUUGUCAGUGAAGGAAACCGUAGUUGUGAGGAAAUACAUGCAGUUGGGACCCUACCAAGCAUACGAACUUUAAAGUUUCACGGUUGCGAAAUGUUGCAUCUAGGGAAGGAGAACUCCGGAUCAGGAGGCCCGAUUUUUCCAAACUUGGAAGUUCUAGAGUGGCUAAAAGCUUAA